AUGGACAGGAUUUAUUCAGAAUCAAAUGAGGAAAAUGAUCAUACAGAACGCAUCAGAAGGCAAAGGCGUUCCUCGAUUUUAAAAGCUCCGCGGAGUCCUCUCAAGGACCUUGGGAGUGGGAAUGAAUUCACUCAGGAUUAUGACACUGAGAAGCGUCGGAAGAACUCUCGCCGUGUCAGCUUUGCAGAUACCAUAAAAGUUUUCCAGACAGAUCUUCAAAUUAAUGUGGUAGAGCCAGAAAAUACAGAGAGCGCAGCAAAUAUAAGGAAUCAAAUCCUAUUUAACCAAAAUGAAGGGCCUGAAACUGUUCAGUGCGAGAUUACUGGGAUGGACACUUUGCUUCAUGCCCCAAUCCAGACAUCGGUGCAGCAGACUGAGUGGCAUGAUACAGACAACAAUCAAAUGAAUAGAAACGACAGAACACUUAUCUUUCUGGAUGAAAACGAAAUGGAUAUGACAGCUAGUCACACUGCAGUGAUCACACGUGACCUUAAAAGCAAUGAAGAAAUUGACAAACCUAGGAAAAUAGACAUCAAAUCAUUUUUAGCUGGGUUAACAUCUAAAAACGAAGGGCCAGAAAUGAACAAGGAAUUUCGUUUUUUCUGUGAUCCUACAGAGGCAAAUUAUGCAUGUCCGUCUCUCCAACAGAAGCCAGACUUUGACCCAGUAAAGAAAAUAGAUUUCAGUGAAUUCUUGACAAGCCUGAAGUCAAGUGAAAUGUUUACCAGCCCCACUCUUGAAGGACCUGACAAGGAGAACCUGUUUUUUGUCCCUUCACAACUUCCAGAAAGUAGUGCAUUUCCUCCAGGGGAAUGUGUAUAUUCCCAUGCACAAGAGAACACCGGCAAUGUGACUAGAAUCUUCAGAGGACAAGAUGAUGGAAUGGAUAUUACAAAGUGUCAUAUAUCUAACAUUAAUACCAUGUUUCCCAAUACUUGUGAGGCCUUAUCAAAGCAAUUAGAAUGUGGUGAUGUAACUGUGGCUUGUGGAGAUAUGGAUAUGACUGCCAGCCAAACUGUAAAAAUGUCCCUCUCCAAAAAUAACACAUUCAACAUUGAGAAACACAGUCAGACCAUCAGAAUGGAUUUAUCAUCCGGUUUUGUGGCUGACCAUUCUAGAUUAAAGAGAACAUCUAACCAUCAGUUGAUUGUUCCACAGGACCCCCAAAGAUGUGUUGAAAAGAAAACUGUAAGUGUAGAAGAUGAGGAGGGUAUUACUCAAAGCCAUACUAUCUUGCUAGACAGUCACAAAGCAUCACAGACCUCUAAUCAAGGUUGCAGAACAAGGACUGGGGUUCCUGGAUGUGUUUCUUUUGCGCCCGUCUUCCAUGGUGAUAAAACCAUUGUCUUUUCCAGCUGUAAUGAUAUGGAAAUUACUGGGAAUUGUACAGUUGUAAACUGUAAUGAAACUUCCAAGGCAACUGGCAACUCUUGUUAUGAAGCUUUUCAAAAACCAGGAAAUGCCAUCUCUUUGCUAAUGGAAAAAACAGUUUCAAGAGAUGACGACAUGGACAUUACAAAAUGUCAAAUAACUUCAGAUAAUCAAGUUCUCAGGCAAUGUAAAAAGAAUGCACACACAAUAUCUUCUGUGCCAGAUAAUGGAAGUGAAAAAGGGAUCCAAAAUCACAGAGCUGCUUCUGAGACUCUGGGGCUAGAUUCAAGUGCAAAUCCUGGUUCUUGGACUUCUAAGGGCACAUUUCGACACAGCACAGUGACUUCUCUGCUCGUUUCACGGCCAAGUGACAAAACAGUAGUCUUCUCAGGGGAAGAUAUGGACUUGACUAGAAGUUAUAUUGCCAAGGAUGUUGAAAAGGGCAUUGCAAGUCAACUUCCUCCUGUCUCUGCUGGUAUGUCCACCUCUGUGAAAUUCAAACCUCAAAGUUUUGGUAACAAAUCUAGCUCUUCUAAUUUAAAUGAGCAGGAAGAAAUGGAAAUAACUAAAUGUCAUGCUGUAGUCAUUGACAAUCAAAAUACUGGAAUAACUACAAGCCAACAACAAAUGCAGCCUAAAACUAUUCCAGGAGAGAACUGGAACAAAGAAGUGAAUGGAGCUGUAAGUCUUCUAAACCUUGACAAGGAAAAUCCUCUUUCAGGAAUGAGUGAUCACAUGGAUAUUAAAAGAAGUCAUUCCAAUCCCAAAACCAUUAUUUUUUCAUCACAAGAGCAAGAGAUGGAAGUCCCUAAAAGCCACAGCAUUGCCAGCAACAACUGUGUGCCAAAACCUUUGCAAAGGCAAAACUGUGAAAUAUCUCAACAAUUGAGGAAAAGUCUAGUCAACCUUUCACUUGCCUAUACUAAUGACAAAACUGUUGUUUUUCCAGAUGAUCAAAGUAUGGAUAUAACCAGAAAUCAUACUGCUGCUCUUGACUUUGCUCCUAUUCUAGUAGCACAAGAAUAUGAGAGUACACAUAUUCAGAACAGUGUAAUAUCUAAACCAAAACAACUACAAAAUAAGACCCUCUUAUUUUCUGGUGGUUCUGAUAUAGAUAUUACUAGAAGUCAGACUGCGGCAAUAGAAUGUGGGAGUCUCAGAAUGAACUCAAAUCAAAAGAAUGACACUCCUGGAAAUAAGCAAAUUCCAACCCUUGCUGUUCCAAGGUUUUCUUUCAUUUCUGGUGAUGAGGCCCUUCCCUCUGAUAUUAAAGGAAAUGUGCAUUUUGGGAAGACAGCAGGAAUACACAUUGACUCAAAAAAUUCCAAAUUGCAACAGCAAAGCCAUACUAUGGUAGCAUUAAACAAGGUACUGUCAAACACUGCAAAUCCUGAGAGACUUUCUUCAAUUAGUAAAGCAGCUUCACUUUCUUCAAAACAGGACUUCACUAAAACAGCCAGAACAUCGAUGCCAGAUACAAAAAAUUCACAGAUGGCUUCUCUUUUGGAAAAGUCAGUUGUUUUUUUCUCUGAGGAAAAUAUGGAUUUGACUGGUAGCUGUGUAGUAAGUGUUCCUGAUACAGUUUUAACAGAAAGAAAAGAUACUUUAUUUCCAGAGAAAAAGGAGUUGACCUCAUGCCCUACCAUUAUAGCUGCAGAUAGUGUGCAGCAACAAGGAUGUGACCGAUGCCCCUUAAAGCCAUUGUCUCUUUCAAAUGAGAAGACUGUCAUAUUUUCAGUGGAUGAUGAUAUGGAGAUGACUAAAAGUCACACCAUGGCAACAGACAAUAAAAUUUACCUACAAGGCAAGAGUUCAAGUAAUGGAAUACCCUUAAUCCCUGCAGAUAAAACUGUUGUAUUUACAUACAAUGAUGACAUGGAAAUAACUAGACCCAACACUGUUGUAAUUGAUAAACCUAUGGAAAAGGCUGCAUCCCAGACUGUGCCAGAACUAGGUAAAGGGACUGGAAGGAAAAGUCUGAUUGGAUCAACCAGUGAAAAGACUGUUGUGUUUUCACUGGGUGACGAGAAUGACAUGGAGAUGACCAAAAGCCACACCAUGGCAACAGACAAUAAAAUUUACCUGCAAGGCAAGAGUUCAAGUAAUGGAAUACCCUUAAUCCCUGCAGAUAAAACUGUUGUAUUUACAUACAAUGAUGACAUGGAAAUAACUAGACCCAACACUGUUGUAAUUGAUAAACCUAUGGAAAAGGCUGCAUCCCAGACUGUGCCAGAACUAGGUAAAGGGACUGGAAGGAAAAGUCUGAUUGGAUCAACCAGUGAAAAGACUGUUGUGUUUUCACUGGGUGAUGAGAAUGACAUGGAGAUGACCAAAAGCCACACCAUGGCAACAGACAAUAAAAUUUACCUGCAAGGCAAGAGUUCAAGUAAUGGAAUACCCUUAAUCCCUGCAGAUAAAACUGUUGUAUUUACAUACAAUGAUAACAUGGAAAUAACUAGACCCAACACUGUUGUAAUUGAUAAACCUAUGGAAAAGGCUGCAUCCCAGACUGUGCCAGAACUAGGUAAAGGGACUGGAAGGAAAAGUCUGAUUGGAUCAACCAGUGAAAAGACUGUUGUGUUUUCACUGGGUGGUGAGAAUGACAUGGAGAUCACAAAGAGCCAUACAGCACCAAUAAACCGUGAAAUUGCCUCACAAGGUGAGAGAGCACCUCAAACCCAGUCUGUAUUUCAUGGAGAUAAAAUGGUGUUUGUAUUUAAUCAGGAUGAUAUGGAAAUAACUGAAUCUCACACUAUUGAUAAAACUAUGGAAAGAGUCAUGCAUGUGGAUAGAUUAAAACCGGAUAAGUGGGUUGGACAGGAAGCUUUUUCAAAUAGCAAAACAGUUGUGUUUGCGAUGGGUGAUGACAUGGAGACUACUAAAAUCCGUACAGUGUCCUUAGAUGAUAAAAUUGCCCUACAAGGUGAGCAAACCACCCACGUUGGUCCUGUUCUUCCUGUUAAUGAAACCAUUAUGUUUACAUGUAACCAGGAUAAGAUGGAUAUCACUGCAUCUCACACUGUUGCUAUUAAUAGUAAUAAUCUUAAAGGAUCUGAGAUCCAAGAAGUGUCAAGUAAAAGCCACCAGCAGCAGAAUUUAUGUAGAACAUCGGCCCCUAUCUGUGGAGAGAAAAUGCAUUUUAUGCAUGCAGAAGAUUUGGGUAAUGGAUGCCACUCAGAUUUUAGGGACAAACAUGGACCAGAUUUCCCUGCUUUAUCAGUUUUAGUAUUUCCCUAUAAAAAGGAAGAAACAGAUGUACUGAAAAUCCACAAUGUUGCCACGGAAAAGUCCAUUGGUCCUGUCACUCUGUCACUUCCUGAAGUCACUUUGGAUAUUGUUCAGGAACCACAGAAUGUUAUUAACCUUCCCAAGGGCAACUCAAGUUCUGUAAACUGCCAGGAUCUGAGAAAACAAGUAAAACCUAAAUCAAAGAGAGUGUCUUUCAAGCUUCCAGAGAACCAAAUAGAAUCCCCGACUUACAAGAUUGAAAGUCAAAGAAAAGUUGCUGAGAAUAGGCUCCUGGAUGGUGAUGAAGAAAAUUGUAAUGGUGUGUCCCAGGUUCAAAUUCCAGUCCAGCAGUCCCACUUAUCUAAGGAGAUCACUGAUAGUUUGAACAGGGAUGCACUUAAUGUGUUGGAUACUGGAAGUAUAGACUUGCUAGAUGAUCCAGGGAAGUUGACUUCAUCUAGACAUGAACACAGACCCACAGAGUUAGACAUUGAUGGACCAGAUACUGUUAUCCUUUCUUACAAAGAGACUAAGGAAAAUGAGGGAGUGUCUGCAGAAUGGGAAAAACUUACAAAAGAUUCCCCAAAAGACUCUGAACAGACUAAGCAAUUCUCCCAAGUCAAUGACAUUCCUGCAGAACAAGUAGACCCCAGCCUUGUGUCUGAAUUAUCAGAUAUUGUUAAUAUUUGUUCAAGGCUAAAAAAUUGUAGAAGGAAGUCUGAAGUUGUCCCAGUCUCUCAAACUGCUGCUGUGUCUAAUCAUGCUGAAACUUUUCCCAAAUUGGCAACACAGCCAGAAGAUCCUUUGAGCUUAGGAAAAGAUGUUGAAAAGGAGUCCAAUAAUGCAUUUUAUAUCAAAGAACAGGAAAAUAUAUAUUUUGAAACUGGAGAUGCUCCUUUAGACACAACACAUACAGAUAAAUGUCAAGUGAGAAAGCUACCCCUAGGUAUCUUCCCGCCUAAAUUGCCAAACAAAAGAAAUUCCACUGUUCCAAGUGUAGAAGACCUCAAUGCCAAAUCAGUGGGCGGAGUAGAAGCUCAGGUUCCAGAAAUAAAUUUAGUCACCAGCAAAACCUCUGACAACAUCUAUCCCAUUGGAAGGCAGAACUUUAGCCCUUCUAAGUAUAUAGAUGAGGAAUUGCUUCCUACAUGCCCAGAGGAAAUGGAUUCAGUUGAGUUUGUAAGUUAUGAGCCCCUUGAUGGAACCUGUAAUGAGAUGAACAAAAAAGAGAUCUUUCACAAUAAAAGCUAUCCAUUAGAGGAGCAAGAAACUUUCAGCAACCAGAAGAGAGCUUGGGAACAAGAGGAAGAGGAACUCCAGAAAGGAAAGAAGAUCAAGAGGGCUGAGAGCUGGGAUGGAGAUACCACAAAAGAACAGCGGGCUACCUCCAGCAUCAUUUUAUCUCAUACCCAAGCAGAAACUCAUGAGGGUGAAAAUCCUCCAAGUCUAUCAGCUAAAAGCCUGGAGAGGACCAACUCUAGCAACAGCAGCUGUCUGGAUUCUCUUAAAGCUGACAUAGAUCUUAGUAUGCAGCGAAGCAGUCAGAUGGAGUCUCAGCUUCUCAUGGACAGUAUUUGCGAACAGAAUUUAUUUGAGAAAUUUCAGGAUGGUGUUAUCACAGUAGGGGAGUUUUUUACGCUUCUCCAGGUCCAUAUUCUAAUUCAGAAACCCCGGCAGAGUCAUCUUCCAGCCAAUUAUGCAGUGAACACAGCUCCUACUCCAGAAGACCUGAUUUUCAGCCAGUACAUUUAUCGCCCCAAGCUGCAGAUUUAUGAAGAAGAUUGCCAGGUUCUUUCUCAGAUGAUAGAAGAUUUAAAGUUGUGUGCAGGUGUCCAGGAUAAACUUUUGGUGGAUGUGAAUAAGAGCCUCUGGGAGGUGAUGAGGACCUUCUCUGACAAAGAGCUGAAGAACUUUGGAACAGAGUUGAAUAAAAUGAAAUCCUGUUUCACCAAGAAGAGUAAAGUCCUGGCUCACAAGGGGAAAGUGAAAUUGUAUGACAAUUUGGUGCAGAACACACAGAUCCAAUGGGAGAAACUACAGUCAAGAAUAGCAAAAGUGGAUGAAUUCCUCAGGAAGAUGGAUAGUUGUCUUUUAGCUCUGGAAACAGUUACUAAGUUGGAAGAUUGUGAAGCAGAUAUCAGUGAUCCAGUGGCAGAAUGGGAGUCCAAAGUGAGAAACUCUGAGAAAGAGCUUGAAAACCUCAAAGCCCAAGAAGAGGAGCUUCAAAGGGAUCUGUCAAAUCUGGAGGUUCAGAAGAAGCAGGGGUUUUCUGAGAUAAAACGUCUGCAGAAUAAAGCAAGUGAUUGUGAGGAGCUCCUCGACAAAUACAACUUCACUGAAUGGGAGAUCAGUGAAUGGAGCGAUCAACAGGCAGUGUUUACCUUCCUUUAUGAUUCUAUAGAACUGACUAUCACAUUCGGACCACCAGUGGAUGGUGCUGUUUUCAAUGACAAUCCCUGCAGAAAGAUUGUUGAUAUGAGCUUUGAAUCUCUGUUGGAUGAAGAAAAAGCUCCACUCUCAUCAUGUCUAAUCCAAAGGCUCAUCUUUCAGUUUAUUGAAAGUCAGGGUUCCUGGCAGACAGAAUGCACAACAAUGCACCACCUGCCCCAGAUGCUGCAUGAGGUCUCAUUAGUGGUGAAUCGCUGUCGACUCUUAGGAGAAGAGAUUGAGUUUUUGAACAGAUGGGGUGGAAAGUUUAAUCUUCUGAAGACAGAAGUGGAUAAUACAAAAGUGAAGCUCUUGUUCUCCACUUCCACAGCUUUUGCAAAGUUUGAGGUGACAUUCUCUUUAUCUGCCAACUACCCAUCAGCUCCACUCCCUUUCACUGUCCAAAAACGGAUUGGGAGCCUUGGCCAGGAUGAAAUUUCUGCUGUUGUGUCCAAUGUGCCACUGGGCACCAACUACCUGAUGAGAAUGGUCAAAAUGAUUCAUCAUAACUUGCUCCAGGGUUCCCUGAUCGUUCACUAA